AUGAGCUCCCAGCCCUAUGUCCCCAGUGGCUCCGGACACAUCAACUACUACAAAGGCGGGUGGAACAUCGGACAAAAGGCCCGAGUCGGACCCCACAAGAAGGAGGCCAUCUCCAUGGCGCGCAUCUACAACCAGCGCCCAGGACGACUGAGGAUGCACGUCUACGGCGGGCCCACAAAGAAGGACAAGAAGGUCGCGACGGUCGAGACGGUCCCGUUCAAGAAGCAAGGCUGGACAAAGUGGCUGCGCUUCCUGGGAGUCCGCGCCCACGUCCCCAGCGACAUAGACAUCAUCCUGUUCCCAGACGAGUCCAAGGGCGGCGACAAAGGCAAGUCGCACGGGGAGCGCAUCGAGAUCCGGGGGCGCCAGUUCCGCUUCACCGCGCCCGUGUCGGGCGGCGGCCGCCUCGAGACGUUCGAGUGGCGCUGGAGCGACGGCGGCGAGGUGGGCCACUACACGAAAAAGAUCCCCGAGACCAACGGGCGCGGGUGGAAGCUGCUGCGGCUCGACACCGAGGGGCAGGACGGGAGCCGCGACCAGAAGGAGUGCGUGGCGGCCUUCGCGCAGACGGGCAAGUUCGGGUCCAAGUCGCACCGGUACCAGCUCUUCAACUCGGGGGCCCAGGGGAGGCUGGGCGAGCGGUUCGAGCUGUAUGCGUACCUCACCUUCCUGGCCAUCCUGGACCAGGAGGCGCGCGAGGCUGCCAAGGCGGCGGCGGAGAGGCAGGCUCGGAUGAACCAGAGGAAUAGGCAGAUGAACCGGCGGUAA